AUGGCCGCCCCGCCCGCGGGCCCCGCCCGGCCUGCCGCUCCGGCCGCCGCCGCUCACAGGACCGCCGCCGCGCGCCGCCGCCACCUCCGCGGGGGAACGACCGCGCCGCGCGCCGCCGGCCGCCGGCCGCCCCGCAUACUCCGGCCCCGCUCCGACCUGGCGCCGCGGGAUUCGCCGGCCCCGCGCGCCGCUUCCGGGCCCCGCCUCCCGCCGGAAGUAGACGCGCCGCGCGGCUCCCUGGGAAGCAGCGUCUCGGCCGCCGCCGCGCACGCGCGUCCAGGAGACGGCGCCCGAGUGUCGUGGCCGCCCGCGCCGCGCUCCCGGCGUGCCCCGCGGCGGCUCAGGCGCCCCGCUGUGGGGGUCGCGGAGGGCGUUCGGGGGGCGCCGGGCAGGGCCCGCGGGGUUCCCGGGGCGCCGCCCCCAACCCGACGACGCCCGCGGGACCCCCAAGUGGGGGCGUGCCGACGCGUGCGGAGCCCGGGGGAAGGCGAGGCGGGAGUUCCGGCCCUGCGCCUGCGCCUGCGCCCUGCGGCCCGGAGCUGGGCGAGUCUAAACAAACGCCAAGCGCGCUCGUCUCGUGUUUCCGCGGAAAAUCCCGUUUGGGCGCCGGCGCUUUCGAGGAAAACUGCGGAUUCCCAGGCUGCGGCGGCUCCGCCCAGCCUGGACCAUCCCCUGCUUCGCGCCAAACCGCGCGUGCGCCGCAGGGCGAGGUCCGCAGCGGCCCCCGGAGGGCGCGGGGUCCGUGGAGACCCUCGGGCGGCCCUGCCCUUUGGGCGGCUCCCUGGAAGGCCGCCCUGUUCCGUGUCUGCCAGACGCGCGCAAACGCCGGCGGGGGCCCCUCCGACUGCCCGGGGCUGUCAGAGCGCGGACGGCUGCACGGGCGCUGGGCCCGCGGGAACUCAGGCCGGGCCUGACGCGCACGUGGACGGCGACGCGCAGAGGCCGGGCCGGAGGAGGAGGCUCCCGGAGCGGGCACCCGAGGCCGCGAGCGGGGGCGGUCCUGGGCCACCAAGGCCUGGAAGCUGGGCCGGCCGCUUCGGAGCGGGGGUGGCUGUUUUCGGGCCUUUAGUUACCGGCCGCACGGAGUCCUCGCACGGCGCCGUUCCCCGAAGUGACAGUGAUGCCCGGCUACACCCAGCGCCUCCAUCCUUCCCCGCCAGUCUCUUCGCGCUUCUUGCCAAACCUGUGCUUGGAAAACCCUCUGCCGACUCCUGUUACCCUGAUCAAAUCCAUGCUCUCCAGCAGGCUCGUGAGCUCUUUGCAAAGUGGCCCAACAGGCAUCAUGCCCUGCGCUGCAGCCACUGUUGGGGGCUCCUGCAGGGCCGGGCAUCCCACACCGGCAGCGGGGUGCUCGUCCUGCCACAGCCUGUGCAGCGUGUGAAUGAAGGCUGUAGUCCUGUGGUCUGCGGGAGGCUCGUUCCACCUCCAGCUGCCAAACAUCAGGGGACUGGCAGCCUAUCCCGGGUGGGCGUCUCAUGGCAUCCAAAGGCCAGUACCUAGCCAGGGCUCGGGAAGGAGCUGUAACCCAGGACUCUGGGGUGUGGCUUCCUGUCCCCUCCCUCCCCCCAUCUCUGUGUUCCUGAGAUGGCUCAUUUGCUGUCAGGCUUCUGGGCUGCUCUAGGAGCUGGAAUCGCAUUGGUGCCUCCUCAGUCAGCGUCCACCCCUAGUGUCAUCCACAGUGGCCAACGGAAGGGUGGCCGGUGGUGCAGGACAGUUGCCAUCUUGGGAGAGAUCACAGGGACAGGAAGGGCCUCUCCACCCGAGCAAAUUAGAGCUGCUGUGGUGGCAGAACACAUUUACACACACAUAGCUGUCCCCCUGGUCUGUUGAGAGGCCACUUGAAAGGGACACGUCAUUUGUUGCCUUCCGACUCUGACCUCCUGAGGCUGGCUGCUGGCAGCAUGUGACAGCACUUGAAGGAAAGUCCCUGGAAAGAGUGUGAAUCGUUGCAGAAAUCCCGUGAGAAAGCGCCCCAGGAGGGCCCCAUGCAGCACCCAGCAGAACUUAAACUCCCGUGUCCCCCUCAACACCCCACAGUGUGGUGGCUGCUUCCAUCUCCCCAGGCUUAGCUGGCCUGGGUCCUGCAGGCCUCUCCUCCCCCUGUCCCCACAAGGCACCCUCUCUGCCACUGCACAACUGGAUGAGUGAAGUCCAGGCGGCUAGGGCUGCUUGGGCAAGCGGAGCAGCUUGACCCCGUUCUGGCUUUGUUGGCCUCACUCCUGUGGAGAGCCGGGGUUACCAUGUCUCUGAAGCCAAGGCUUGCUUUCUAGGCGUUGGGGGAGUCACAUUUUGCAUUCGUACUCACUGAGCCCCAUGUCUGUGGUUAGAGAAUUUGUCAACGUUUUAAAAUGAUUUUUUCAAUUCCAUCAUUUGAGGGCCCUCUGGCAAGGAGCCCGUUAGUACUUGGAGUGCCCACGACAUUCCAGAAUGCAUAUAUGAAGAGCUGGCCCUUGCUGUUCUUAUUCAUUGAGGACUCCAAUGGCCACUCAGGAUGACUGGGGAAAUGGAGGCUGCAAAAGAUUUGGCUCCUUUGUGAGGUCCUCGGCAGUGGUCAGACAUGAAGGAAAUAGGUAUGGCACCCCCAAACCACACCUCGCCCUACGGGGCCACAGCUGCCUGUGCAGCCUUAGGAGGGAAAUGGAAGGACAGAGUAGGGUGUCUUGAGUGUGGACACACCCUGCAGCAAGGGCUGAGGGGUCCUCGGACUGGAGCCCGCCCCCAGGCUCGGCUCGGCUCGGCUCGGCUCGGCUCAGCUCAGCUCAGCUCAGCUCAGGGACAUGGUGCCCAGGCUUUCCCGGGGAGGAAGGUGUUUGAUCUCCUGCCUCUGUAUUCAUUCAUGCUUUGGGUUUCUCUCUAAUGCAUAUUCUAACACCUGCAGGAUUUAUGGAUGAAGGGCCGCAAACCCACAUUUGGUCUCAUUCCACGGAUGCUGUGUCCUGCCCUGCCCUACACCAGUCGAACCUCUGCAGGGUGGGGUGGGACUCUGUCUCUGCCCACACUGCCUGCCCCUCGGGUUGUAGUUCUAGGAAAGCAAGUCUUAGACUGAGUUUUGAUCCAGAUUAAAUUCUGUCCCAGGUGCAGAUAUUUAUAGGCAAGCAGGAACAAGAGCCCUCAGGCACAGCUGGGUGUCCUGCGAUGUGUGCCUUUGGGAGUUCCCAGAUAACAAGGCCUUUUCCUGGAGGCAAAGCAGAGGGGUUCCGUGGCAGAGCGGCCAGCUGGCUAGCAGGUCGGGGCAGGGCCUUCUAGGCCCAAGGCAUGACCCCUGUGCCCGCUGCUGGCUCUCCUCUUGCCAGGACACAUCUCCUGCAGGACCCUAGCUCACCCAAGAACACUUUUCCAUCAUUGAAAAGUCAUUGGUAAGUGCCACAAUAUGCAUGAGCAGCCCUUCCGGUGCUGGCUUGUGGGCUGGUGUUUGAGAAUCUUGCCAGUUCAAUGUGGUCAUCUGCUUAGGGUUCCCCAAAGGCUAACCUUUCAUGACAGAGGGAGGCUACACCUCAUUCCUAGGUGAGACUGGGGCUCAUGCACACACAGGUGUUAACGGCGUGGACUGCAAUGGGUCGAGUGCCUGCUGCCAUGUCCUAGUGCAGGGGCGGGUGGGGGGAGCUCCUAGACAAAGAGGGGAGGCUGCUACUCUCCAGGGCCACAGGGAGUCCAGAACUCUGUCCUCUGGUGUCAGCGGUAAAUCCGUAUGAGUCUGCAGCAACUCGGUUUUUGCCUUCUCAGAGGAAAUAAUUAAUCCAGGGGGCAGAAGGCAGAGUGAGACACUGAGGCAAGUUUCAGUGCAGGAGUGAAAGCUCAGAGCAGCAACGAAAGGAUGAAGGUCAUACGGGCUAUACUUUGCCACUUUGCCUCGUAGUGCUUGACCUCACCAACUCCCGAGAUCUUAUCAGGAAGCGGCUCAUCUCCAGCUUCAGUGUUUUCUAUCUGUUGGGAGCCUGCCUUUCCCUGGCGCCAGCUGCAACCAAUUAUUAUUUUAGACGCUUGAGCAUCACCUAAUGAUCAGUUGACAUUUCUGGUGGGGUGGCGUCCCCUCUCCUGCCCUGCUCCUGUGGGGCUCGCCCUGCCCACCCUUUCCGCAAGGGCCUUUCUUUACUUCAUUUUUGCACAAUGGACUCUUACUAUGAUCCCAGGAACUGCUCACGGCCACUUCUGGGUGAACACCUACCGGCUGCUCUGAAUAUAUGCUGUGAAAGUUGUCAGAAUCAAAAUGGAGUCACUAAUGUUAAGAAAGGCCUGACAAAGAGUGGUGGGGAAGGCCCUGAAGAGAGGACACUUAAGCUAACAUGCCAGAUACCAGAAAGGACUGCAAAAACCGCAAGCCGGCACAAAGGCCGUCACCCUUACACAAAAAAUAUUUCUGCAAGGACAGCUGCCCAGCAGCUGCCUGUCCAACCUCAGACUGGAGUCACCUUGGUUAUUGAUGUUUGUAGCCAAGGAUAAUUAUCGCUAAACCAUGGUGCUCAUGCUCGUGUUUCCUUUAAAGACCUUUGUCUUCCUUGACCUCCCUGAACAGGCAUGUGGUUUACUGUGGCGUGCCUAUUCCCUUGCAGUGCUCUGUUCCCAAGCUAACACGUAUUCUAGAGAGCCUCUCUGUUUCCUGCCUAGGCUGACAAUGCUGUGGAUCUGGGCUCCCAGGAACAGGGGCUGACAUCAGAGGGGCAGAAAGAGAACAGCAGCUCUCCCUGAGGGAAUGCUUGCCAAGGAUAAGGAAAUGAUGGUUCUUAAAGGAUUAUUUUAUAUUCAUCUAAAAGGGUAUUUUUGUUGUUACCCCUAGCCUUUUUUUCCUUUUCAUUUUCUGAUGAAUAAUUUAUAUAAAGAAAACACAUUCUAACCGUGCAA